CAAUCCUGCACCAGAACAACUCAAACUCAGCAGCAAUGUCGGGCCGUGGCAAGGGAGGCAAAGGUCUGGGCAAGGGCGGCGCCAAGCGCCACCGCAAGGUCCUCCGCGACAACAUCCAGGGCAUCACCAAGCCGGCCAUCCGGCGCCUGGCUCGCCGCGGCGGCGUCAAGCGCAUCUCCGGCCUCAUCUACGAGGAGACCCGCGGCGUCCUCAAGAUCUUCCUCGAGAACGUCAUCCGCGACGCCGUCACCUACACCGAGCACGCCCGCCGCAAGACCGUCACCGCCAUGGACGUCGUCUACGCGCUCAAGCGCCAGGGACGCACCCUCUACGGCUUCGGAGGCUGAGCUCGGUUGUUUCUCUUUUGCUGGGUUGGCCUGUGCCUAGAGCUGCUAGGCUUUCGAUUUGGUUGCGUGAAUGUAGUCUGUACUGGAAA